AAGUGAAAAAGAAGAAGAAGAACAUGUCCCACACUAUUGAUACACAAAUUGGCCUCACAACAGGGUAUAAUUGCUGCCUUUUUCUUUUUCUUCUACUGCUAGUUAAGCCUCCACUCUUCUUCCGAUUACAGCUGGUGUCUCUCCCUUGGGAGUUAGGACUUAGGACCCCAUAAUGGGCAGAACUGGAGUGAAAAUGCCCAGUUUCUGCUUAAACAGAAUCAGGCCUCAUGUCCGGGUUCGUUCGCCGCCCGUCCAAACCCAAAACGACGCUAAAACCGACCAGAAAAAUGAGAAUUCAGGUGAUGUGAUCAAGCCGGUAAAGCCCAUUGGGAGGAAGAUUAUGAUUGUGGUCGAUUCGAGCAUGGAAGCCAAGGGAGCUCUGCAAUGGGCAUUGACUCACACCGUUCAGAGCCAUGACAUGGUGAUUCUUCUUCAUGUCACCAAGCCUUCUAACCCUGCAGUUUUUGUUGCAGGUGAAGUGACCAGCAAGAAGAUAGCUCCAAAGGUUUCUGAAUUCCUUGAAUCAAUGAAGAAUAUGUGCCAACAGAAGAGACCUGAGGUAAAUAUUGAGGUAGCAGUGGCAGAGGGGAAAGAGAAAGGCCCAACCAUAGUGGAAGAGGCGAAGAAGCAAGGCGUGGCGAUGCUGGUUUUAGGGCAGAGGAAGCAAUCGGUGACGUGGCGCCUCCUAAUGACGUGGGCGGGGAAUCGGGCAGGCGGCGGCGGGGUGGUGGAGUACUGCAUCCAGAAUUCUAGUUGCAUGGCGAUUGGAGUGAGGAGGAAGAGCAAGAAGAUCGGAGGGUAUUUGAUCAGCACGAAACGCCACAAAGAUUUCUGGCUCUUGGCUUGACGAGUAUUUGUUGCAGUAGUUGAACUUCUGAAAUCACAAAAGCGUGUAAUCUCAUUUCACAGUAAUGUCUUUGUUCAUCUAGUGUUUGUAGAUAAUGAGGGAGUGAUGGUCUCGUCGGCUUUGGCUAUCGGAGCAUGGGCCUUACGGAUUGCUUGCUGUUUGGCAGUAGAACAGAACUUCCCAGAGGUGAUCUUUGAAUCCGAUUGCAAGAACCUCAUAACCUAUGCUACUGAUUCUAAAGCACAAUGUCCAUGGGAGAUGGCUACAAUUGUUGCGGAUAUCAAGAAAUGGGCAGGGACAAGACGGUGGUCUUUCGUUUGGUGUAAUCUUGGUCUUAACAAAGCUGCUCGUUGGAUAGCGUCACAGUGUAUAGGCAGGAAAAUCUUAUUUCAUACGGGUUGUAUUCCGCCCGCUUUAGAGUCUAUUUUGCUUAAAGACUUGUCCUAAGCAGUUUGUUCGUGUAUCGUGACUCUUUCCAAAAAAAAAAAAAAAGAAGGUUUAAUGGAAGAGAAUUUGGGUAUGAAAUGAAGAUUGAAAAUGUGAAA